AGGCUAAUCAAGCUACCAACGUUAGCUACGGAGGCUUACUAACUACUUCCGGGGUGGAGCUAUAGAGACACAAACCCCUUCCAAAGUCCAGGGCUGACAGACUGCAGUGGAGCAGUCACCUGUCACAAACCUUUAUCUUCUUGAAUCAUUAGUCGCCCUCUCUGCUGUGGGACUCCAGCAAAUCUUAGAAGAGGAAGAAGAAGAAGAAGAAAAAGAAGAAGAAGAAGAUAUCCUUUAUUCAUCCCAGAGGGGAAAUUCAUUUUUUUUCACUCUGUUGUCAUAUACACACAGGCCCGAAAUACACACACAUCCACAAACAGGCCCUAUACAUACUUUGGAGAGAUGUCAGAGUGAGGGGGCUGCCCUUGGACAGGCGCCCAGAGUAGAUGGGGGUUCAGUGCCUUGCUUAAGGCCACCUUAGCAGUGCCCAGGAGAUUAAGUGGCACCUCUCCAGCUACCAGUCCAUGCUCUAUAUUUGUUCCGUAUGGGGACUUGAACCCAUGACCCCUGGGUUCCCAAGCCAGGUCCCUAUGGACUAUGGACGACUGCGGUCCCACAUGAGUGAUGAGAACUGGUGCAUCCAGGCUGAGCAAAACUGUGCUGACAAAAGAUAUUCACACACGGAUACUGGAGAAUACAAUGGCGUCCUCUUAACAUGUGCACCACCUUAAUAAUGGAGCCUACAUUACACUUGAAGAAAAAAUGAGGUCUUCACAACUUCAAGGGUUUAAAGAACAAAAUGCUGUUCAAAAUACCACAUUCAAAUACUGGUGUUAUUUUUCAGUUUUAAUUUGUACAGUAAUUCACUCAGUCCAUACAGACCAUCCUCCUUUAAUUCCUACUUAGCUUGAAGACCCUGCUCAGGUGGAGUGGUGACUGUAAACCAGGACUGGGAGUGAACCCAGGAGGAAGAUAAGCCGAUGGAGAUCCUAAUUUCUUUAAAGUGGAUAGAAAAGGUAAUGGGACGAAAGAAAUGUAUACCUUUCUGGUCCUCAUAAUCCUGGCUGUGAGUCCCUACAUCUGUAAAGGCCAACAUGAGAACGCCUGCGACGUUUUCCCUAAAGAUCAGUACAUUGAAGUGGGAUCCGACAUCAACAUUGUGUGCCAGACUUCAUGUAUCCAGGGCAAAAUUUUCUGGACACUGAACAACAGACGCGUCAAAGAAAGCCUGUCAAACACAACCAACUCUACACACACGGUCCUAUCUCUGAGGAACUUCACCCACCACAGUGCUACACUGGAGUGCCACAGUGCAGCUACUCAACAGGUCCUUGGAGGCACCACCAUCAGGACGUACUCAAAACCCGGCAAAAUAUCAUGUCUCCUGAAAAACAGAAAUCAAGAAUUGGAAGUUUCACCAGACCUGUUCAUCUGCAAAUGGGAGCAUCAGAUUAGUUCUUCAUUGAAAAUAGAAUACAUUGUGCUGUGUGGCUCUUCCCAGAGCGAGAUCUGCAGAUCAUAUACAACAACAUGCACAGUCAACAUUACUCCAGGCUCAAAUACAAUAAAUCUAUAUGAGAUGCUCAAUAUUACUGUAAGAGCUAAGACUACUGCUUGGCAAGCUGACUCUGACCCUUACCUACUUAACCCAGAGCACAUAUUGCAAAUUAUCCGUCCGACGUUAGACGUAACUCCCUCCUCUGACGAUCUGUUGGUCAAAUGGAAGCGGUCACUUUUUACAAGUGAGUGUCACUGUCAAGUCAAUUACAGCAAGGCUGUCAGUGGAAGAACUCCAGAGUCGGUGAUGAUCAAUAAGACUGUCGAGAAGCACAGCAGUGGGACAGUGACGAUUACAAAAGUGGAAUCCUGCAGUAACUACACAUUUUCAGUCCGCUGUGCUUUACCUAAGGCUCCCUGGAGUGACUGGAGUAAGGAGAAGACAGUCCUGACCAAACUGAACAAGCGUGAUGUCAAGCUGCACCUGUGGAGGAAAGUAGCUGAACCGCAGGAAAAUGGAGUUAGAAGAGUUCAUGUCAUGUGGAAGGAGAUUCCUUCUACAUGCGAAGAGACAUUUACCUACGUUAUCAAACAGACUCCCUAUAAGGAACAAAAGAUGGGAGUCAACCAAUGUGGCAGAUCGCCUUGUGAUGUUUAUGUGAACCAAGAUGCACACAGAAUAAGUCUCAACCUCUUCAAUAAAGAUGCCCUGUUCGUGGAGGAGUCUGUUUAUGUUCCAGCCAUUGGAGAGAGCCUCCCUCAAGUUACCGACAUCCAGACGUCAACGUACGGAGGCGUUAUUCUGGUCAGCUGGGAAGCUCUUACUCAUCCUGUCAGUGGUUACAUGAUCGAUUGGACCCAUGAUGGAAAUCAAUAUCAUUGGGAGGAGAGCAAAUAUACGAACACAACACUCUCUGACCUUCUGGAUAAUGUGCCAUACAAUAUAACAGUAACUCCCCUCUUUGAUGACAAGACAGGUCAUGCUACACAAGCCCUUCAGAUCUGCUCCAGUGUAGGAGAUCCAGGAAAUGUUACUAUGAAUGUUACGGCCUACGAUAAAAGUGCCUUUGUGAGCUGGAGUGUGACGUCUCAGGAGAUCUGCAGCGGUGUCAUUGUCAACUACACUGUUUUCUACAGUACACAGAAAGGACCACAGCUCAAUGUUACUGUAGACGGCACAAAGCAGGACAUCUUUUUGAAAGAUCUGAAUCCAGACACCCGAUACACCAUCUAUGUCACGGCCACAGCUCUUACUGGAACUACUAACAGCAGUGAGACACACUUUAAAACCCAAAAGUUUGGUCCGGGGCUCAUUGCAGCAGUCAGUGUGUGCGGCAGCAUCAUUAUACUUCUGGUGCUGUCACUUGGAUUGUACUGUGCUGUUCAGUGGGAGAAGUUCAGGGAGAAGCCGGUGCCAGACCCUGGCCGCAGUUCUGUGGCUUUGUUGCUAUCGCCAAGUCAUCAAGAGGGAAUAUACACCUUCCCGCCAUUCAGCAAUCCACCCGAAAGCGUCUGUGACAAGGUCUACACAGAGGAACCUCAGACAAUAGCCACCUCUCCACAAGCCACAGGCAGUAAUGAAACCCCAGCCAGUGUCCAGACAGAGGAAUACGUCGACCCAGCCAUGGUUCCAGUGCUGCACAUACAGAAUAAAGACCCAGUCGAGGCUGUGGAGACACAACACUUAUCCUUUCCUGAUGAUUCCACCGCACUGCUUCCUUCAGAGACCUCCCCGGUCAGCCCGUAUCGAAGCCAGACUCCUGUGCACAGUCCUACCAGUAAAGAAUUGAAGCAAGUUACACCGAAACAACCAGAGAAGACGAUGCCGAUGACGGUUUAUGUCACUUUGAACAUGUUUGAACAAGGCCAGGUCAGGUGAGGAAAAUGGAAAGACAAAACAAUGAAAACAUUCCAAGAUUCAAGAAAAAUGAAUCAGCUCUGUGGAAACCAGGUGUCAUUAACGUUGCCAAAGACUUGCAUGAUUGUGUGUGGCAUUAUCCUGCCUGGCACUGUUUCCACUGCGGGGUGAAAGCAGAAGAUUGUAAUCUUGUAUCAGACUUCCUAACCCAGGUCAUAAAAUGUAAUGUUAUGUGUAAAUAAAAGUACAUUGUGCUAAUGCUACUGCAAACGUGAUAUUUAUAGCUAAACAAUGUGUGUAGUAACUGCUUUGCUGAGUCUGCUUGAUGUCUUCUGCAGAGCUAAUUAUAUGGAGAUAAGUGUAUAUCCCUCCAGCAACAGUUUUUGGUCUCAGUUGAUGCAUCUACACCAUAAUGUGUUCAGAACUCUGAAAAGAAACUGAAACUGGGGCCUAAACUAUGCAGCAGAGGUUGAAAUCAUAAAACAAAUAUGUGGAUGUACAGACUGUAUUAUAUUAAACCAUAAAGCACAGGUUUGUCCAGUGAUAGCAGCACUGAGAUUUUUUAUAUUAUGUUGUAAAUACCACAAUAUUAGCUGUGUAAUAUAAUAAGCUUCCCAUGUGUUUCCUAUUAUCAGUCACAUCUGCUCCUUGUAAAACAAUAUUUAACUGCUCACAUGACACCAGAAACCUGACUGCAAUUCUUCCUGUAUGACUUGGCGUCCGAUUUAACAGUGACCUAUACAUAUAAGCUGCUUAAUAGUGUCACAUUUAUUGUUUGUCAGCAGAUUUUAAAUGUCUGAGAUAGCUUUGUCCUUUGUCCAAACUGAUGCAUUAUUUAUUACAUUUGUUAAAUGGUUCAAACUUUAUUAACUAUCAAAGUACGCUGCAAUGUUUAGUAAAUAUUCACCAAGUUAAACAGGUUAAAAACUGGCAUUUGUUUUUACUGAUCAUGUAAUAAUAUCAUACAUGAGCAGGACUUCUAAAGAGGAACAUUACAAUGGACAAAAAUAUUAAAUAAAUGACAUAUUUGU